AUGACGCGCAAAGGCAUGGCCCUCUCGAUCGCAAUGGUCACACACUACUCCGGCCACGGAACCUCCGUCAGCGUCAACCACGAGUGGAAGUUCUACACCACCAGCGUCGGCAAAGCCGUGGGCAGUUGCGGCGAGACUGACGGCAAGGAAAUCGUUGCGGAUACCGAUGAGACGCCUCGUCCCGGUUCGGAUAGCAAAGCGCCGUUCCCUGGCGGUGUCUUUAAGCUGGAUAUUGAGGGUGAGGCGUGCACGUACAAGUGCGAUGGGAAUAAUCCGGGGAGGUUGUUCUGCCCGUAG